CAGAGUUUACGUUCGCUUUGGCCCUUCUUGCCCACCGGUUCUCCCCCUCCGCCCGCUACCAAGAUGGCGGCAGAAGCAGCUGGUGGGAAAUACAGAAGCACAGUCAGCAAAAGCAAAGACCCCUCGGGGCUGCUCAUCUCUGUGAUCAGGACUCUGUCUACCAGUGAUGAUGUGGAAGACCGAGAGAAUGAGAAGGGGCGCCUGGAAGAAGCCUAUGAGAAGUGCGACCGUGACCUGGAUGAGUUGAUUGUGCAGCACUACACAGAAUUGACGACAGCCAUUCGCACAUACCAGAGCAUCACAGAGCGCAUUACCACCUCCCGAAAUAAAAUAAAGCAGGUAAAAGAGAAUCUGCUUUCGUGCAAGAUGCUGUUGCACUGCAAAAGGGAUGAGCUGCGGAAAUUGUGGAUUGAAGGCAUUGAACAUAAGCACGUCCUGAACCUGCUGGAUGAAAUUGAGAAUAUCAAGCAAGUGCCUCAAAAGCUGGAACAGUGCAUGGCGAGCAAGCACUAUCUCAGUGCCACCGACAUGCUGGUGUCAGCAGUUGAGUCCUUGGAGGGCCCCCUGCUCCAGGUGGAAGGACUGAGUGACCUUAGGUUGGAGCUUCACAGCAAGAAGAUGAACCUCCACUUGGUUCUCAUAGAUGAACUGCAUCGACACCUGUACAUCAAAUCCACGAGCCGAGUUGUGCAGCGUAACAAGGAGAAAGGGAGAGUGAGCUCCCUUAUAAAAGACACUUCUCCUGUUCCUCUGAUUGAUGUUACAAACCUUCCUACUCCUCGAAAAUUCCUAGAUACCUCUCAAUAUUCUACUCCUGGAAGCUCAAGUGCAAGGGAGAUAAACCUGCAGGAUAUCAAGGAGGAUUUGGAAUCGGAUCCAGAGGAGAACAGCACCCUUUUUAUGGGCAUCCUCAUCAAGGGACUGGCCAAACUGAAGAAGAUUCCAGAGACCGUUAAGGCCAUCAAAGAACGCCUGGAGCAGGAGCUACAGCAAAUUGUGAAGAGGUCUACAACCCAGGUGGCAGACAGUGGCUAUCAGAGAGGAGAGAACCUCACUGUGGAGAACCAGCCAAGGUUACUUCUAGAACUGCUGGAGUUGCUAUUUGACAAGUUUAAUGCUGUCGCCACUGCACACUCCGUGGUCCUGGGGUACCUGCAGGACACUGUUGUGGCCCCGCUGACUCAGCAGGAAGACGUCAAAUUGUAUGAUAUGGCGGACGUGUGGGUGAAGAUCCAAGAUGUUCUGCAGAUGCUGUUGACUGAGUACCUGGAUAUGAAAAAUACUCGUACGGCCUCUGAACCAUCAGCUCAACUAAGUUAUGCCAGCACUGGACGAGAUUUUGCAGCCUUUUUUGCCAAGAAGAAACCUCAAAGGCCAAAAAAUUCUCUUUUUAAGUUCGAGUCCUCCUCCCACGCCAUCAGUAUGAGUGCCUAUUUGCGAGAGCAGCGACGGGAGCUCUACAGUCGCAGCGGAGAACUUCAAGGGGGUCCUGAUGACAACUUAAUUGAAGGUGGAGGAACCAAAUUUGUCUGCAAACCUGGAGCCAGAAAUAUUACUGUCAUAUUCCACCCAUUACUAAGAUUUAUUCAAGAGAUCGAGCAUGCCCUGGGACUUGGCCCAGCCAAACAGUGCCCUCUUCGAGACUUCCUCACUGUGUACAUCAAAAACAUCUUCCUCAAUCAGGUCUUGGCAGAGAUCAACAAGGAGAUUGAAGGAGUCACCAAAACAUCUGACCCUUUGAAGAUCCUAGCUAAUGCGGACACCAUGAAGGUGAUGGGAGUGCAGCGGCCUCUCCUACAGAGCACGAUCAUUGUGGAGAAGACAGUGCAGGACCUCAUGAACCUGAUGCAUGACCUGAGCGCGUACUCGGAUCAGUUCCUCAACAUGGUGUGCGUGAAGCUCCAGGAGUACAAGGACACCUGCGCCGCAGCCUGCAGGGGCAUUGUCCAGUCAGAAGAGAAACUUGUCAUCAGUGCAUCUUGGGCAAAAGAUGAUGAUAUCAGCAGACUCUUGAAAUCUCUACCAAACUGGCUUAACAUGGCUCAACCCAAACAGCUGAGGCCGAAGAGAGAAGAGGAAGAAGAUUUCAUAAGGGCAGCCUUUGGCAAGGAGUCGGAAGUUCUUAUUGGGAACCUGGGUGAUAAGUUAAUCCCUCCGCAGGACAUCCUCCGUGAUGUCAGUGACCUCAAAGCUUUGGCCAACAUGCAUGAAAGCCUGGAGUGGCUAGCCGGUCGAACAAAGUCAGCUUUCUCCAAUCUUUCUACAUCCCAGAUGCUGUCCCCUGCCCAAGAGGGCCAUGUGAACGUGGAUCUGCCCCCAGUGUCAGAGCAGAUCAUGCAGACGCUGAGUGAACUUGCCAAAUCUUUCCAGGAUAUGGCUGACCGCUGCUUGCUGGUCCUGCAUCUGGAAGUCAGGGUUCACUGUUUCCACUAUCUCAUCCCUCUUGCAAAGGAGGGGAACUAUGCCAUCGUGGCUAAUGUGGAAAGUAUGGAUUAUGACCCUCUGGUGGUCAAGCUCAACAAAGACAUCAGCGCCAUCGAAGAGGCCAUGAGUGCCAGCCUUCAGCAGCACAAGUUCCAAUAUAUAUUUGAAGGCCUGGGUCACCUGAUCUCCUGCAUCCUCAUUAAUGGUGCCCAGUACUUCAGGCGCAUCAGUGAGUCCGGCAUCAAGAAGAUGUGUAGGAACAUCUUUGUCCUGCAGCAGAAUCUGACCAACAUCACCAUGUCGCGGGAGGCAGACCUGGACUUUGCAAGGCAGUAUUACGAGAUGUUAUACAACACGGCCGACGAACUCCUGAACCUGGUGGUAGACCAGGGUGUGAAGUACACGGAGCUGGAGUACAUCCACGCCCUGACCUUGCUGCACCGCAGUCAGACUGGGGUGGGAGACCAGACCACCCAGAACAUGAGGCUGCAGCGGCUCAAGGAGAUCAUUUGCGAGCAGGCUGCCAUCAAGCAAGCCACCAAGGAUAAGAAGAUAACUACGGUUUAAUCAGGCGCACUGCUGGGGGUGGGGGGUGGGGGCGCCGUUUUUGUUUAUUCAGUCAUACUUGCUUCUUUCUCUGGUAUGUUAUUUGGUAUAUUCGGAGCAGACUUGCUUUUCUCCACACUGAUGCUUUAGUGCAGAGAAGACGUGAGGAUUUUGUUGUUGUUGUUGUUUUGUCUCUUUACUUUGGGCUUCUCCUCUAAACUCUAAGGGGGGUUUGCAGUACAGAAUGUUUUGAUUCAACGUCUGCUCUAAUGCAGUCAGCUCCAAAGGGCUGAGUGACUAGGGUGGGAUGGGAGGAAGGUUGUAUCAAAUUGGACUCUGGAAAAAUGAAUGCACAAAUUACAACUACCCAGCAAUCUUUGGAAAGCAGACUGCUCCCUCAGUUUUAGUCCCUUCCUAAGACACUUCAUAGGCUUCUCUUACACAAACAGUAGAUUUUUACUCCCUUGACCCUGUCAGUUUCCAAUUCAGUGAAAUAAGCAUAUGUGCAGUGCUUUCUGUCUCUAUUGCCAACAUCAAAUUAGUGACUUCUCGGGUGGCUGUAAUCUUCAACAAGUUUUCCUAACCAAAACAGGACCUCUGGGGCUAGGGCGAAGGACCCUUUCAUCUCAGUCCCUGGCUGAGUUUUGUGUGCGGUAGCUUGUGCACGGAUUAUAGUCGGUGUGUUGCUUUUCUGUCUUCUGCUGCAUCAAAACCAAAAGCCUUCAAAUUAAUCACAAACAUGGAAGAAUGAAAGGCAAUCCACCCUCUUCUUGAUUUUUUAAUGUCUACUUUCCAAGAGAAAAUAAUGGGUAGAAAACUUUUAUUUCAGUUAAACAUUGUUUGGAUGUGAGUGAUUCUUAGAUGCUUACUUGCUCUCAAUAUAAGCCCCUAGGUCUUUCUCGCCUUAGGAAGUUGCCCUGGUCCACUCAGCUGAGUGCACGGAAGAUGGGACAGCGCGACAUUCAACCUCUGUGCACCCACCAGCUGAGGCCAUUUCUAAAGUGUUCCGGGUGCUCACCUCUCCUGGCACAUUGGACCCUGCCACAGCCCCCCCAAGUCUCCAAGCACUCCUGCUACCCAUGGUUGAUAUGUCACAGGAGAAAGCAAGGCAGUGACCAGAACACACCUUGGAAACAUGUGGAGAGGAGAACAGGAAGGACACUUGACCAUACACGACCUUGCCUCACAUUGUGAUGGUCCAAAAUUGUAUACCUAUUUGUACAGCUUUGGUCUUGGAGGGAAAAGCAGCAAAUUAAAAAAUGUUUUGAGAAGCUGAAA